CCCGCGACGCCUUUUAUUUGCAAGGGGAAAGGGGGCCCGCGCCGCCAAAGGGCACCUCGCAGGAAGCUGCGAGACCAGCGCCCGAAGGCAGCGCCGCAGCCCGGCAGCGGCCGUCCCGUGGUGAAGACCGGGGCAGCCAGCUAAAAAGCAGGGGAAAACAGGGCCGCGAGCCCUAGACGACGCGAUGGCGCGCGCGCUGGCCCUCGUGGCGGCGCUGGCGCAGCUCCGCGCCGCCGACGCCGCGGCCGCCGUGCACGUCGAGGCGCGGCCGAGCCCCAUCUACAGUACCGUAACGCAAAAGCUGCGCUUAAAGGGCAACGGCUUCGGCGCCGCGGGCACGGGCGAACACCUGAACCUCCAGUUCGUGCCGACGAUGCCCAAGACGGACUACAAGGUGCAGGUGCUGUCGGAUGACGCACUCGCAAUUAACUUAGUAGCGGGCAAGUCCUGGCCCCUCGCUUCGGAUGAGGGUACCGAUUUGUAUCUUUCGUCGUUGAUAGAUGACCGGAAAGGAAAUAUGAACCAGCUCGAGAGCCCUACGGUCAUCGCGCGGGUGAUCCCGACGCCGACCGUCAUGCACGGCGGCGAAAAGGUCAUCUACAUGACCGGCACGACGCGCUUCAACAUCAACGGCACGGGCUUCCGAGCCAAGACCAUGGAGCUCAUCUUCGACCCGCCCCUGGAGAAAGACGUAGACUACAUGCUUAAUACGCGCUCGUCGACGCACAUGCAGCUCAUGCUGCGCUCGGGCCGGAAGUGGCGGAGCGACGGCGAGCCCGGUCCUCUUAAGUUGAGGAGGAUUGAUACCGGUGCGGGUGAUCUGCGCAUCGACGCCAAGUACGGCGGCGUGACGGUGGCCGAGGUCCAGGUCGACUUAGGUGCCCAUGGCGUCACGGUCGAAAGUGCCGCGGACCACAAGCUCUAUCAAGGAGACCCCGAGCUGACCGUGCGCGGCUCGGGCUUCAACAACACGAUUUCCCUGAACACCCUGAAGUGGGGCAACAGUCUGAGAGGCAAAGGCGUGAACUACACGAUCACCAAGGCGUCGGGCAGUGCCUUGACGUUGUCCCUGAAGCCCGGUUCCGUGUGGCGGUCGAACCCGGCGAACCUGCCGGGACCUCUCAAGCUACUAGCGGUCAACGCCGGCGUCGGCCUCGUGCCGGUCGGCCCGACGGAAGCCAAGAAGGGCCGCACGGUGGCCACGAUCUUCGAGGACCCGGCCAUCACGGCGAACCCCCAGCAGACCGUCUACCAGACGCACACUCAUGAAUUGUGGGUGACCGGGCGCGGCUUCACGCGCGGGGCUUAUGGUACCAAAUUAGAUUUCGACCCCCCGCUGCAAGUGGGCAUCGACUACGUCAUGAUGGUCUUCAACCGGACGCACUUGCUCAUCUCGUUACUUGAUGGCAGGAAGUGGGCGCCGAACACGGGCAUCCUGCGCGUCGUGGGCGUGGACACGGGCGCCGGCGCGUUCAAGCGCUUCCAGCCUGUUGCUGUGGCCCACGUCGCGUCCGACGCCGAUGAUCAUCCUUCGGGGUUGACGGUGGCUCGUACGGCCUCGCAGAUCCUCUACCAGACCGCUGCUAUUAGAAAGCUGGAAAUCCAGGGCUCGAGCUUCUGCCAGGGGCCCUCAUUAACGUUCCAGCCUCCUUUGACCGACGGCGUGGACUACUCCAUCACGCGAGCGACCUCGGAGAAGUUGUCAUUAACCCUCAAGUCGCACAAGAAGUGGCGCUACGAGGCCGGGCCGCUCUACUUAACCUCGAUCCAGUGCGGCUCCGACGCGCCCGUCGAAUUGGCCUACGGCCAAGGUAUUGUGGUGGCGACGGUGCUCGCGGACCCGACGAUCGAAGCUUCCGAGCGCAAGAUCUACGCGACGCACACGAAGCGACUCAUUGUCCAAGGUUCUGGUUUCUCAUUGGACGGCACCGAGUUGACGUUGCGACCGACGUCGCGCAGUUCAUAUGAAGUCGAAAGCGUGGAAAUGGCCGAGAUGGUCCUCAUCCUCAAGGAGGGCAAGUCCUGGGCGCCGGCCAAGACGAAAGACGACGGCAAGCCCGUGUCCAUCUACGUGACCAAGAUCGAUACCGGUGCCGGCGAGGUCGUCAUGGAGGACGACGGCGCGAUCGUCGCGAGGGUCUUCCCGGACCCGUCGGGCGCCGUCUGCGACGAUAGUUGUGAGUGGGCGCUGGAUGGCGUUUGUGACGACGGGUCCGCCGGUGAAGAUAGGGAGGUCUUCGAUGACGAUUAUGGCGGGUUCUACGGGUAUGAUGAUGAUUACUACGGCGGGUAUGGGUACGACUAUUACGGGUACGGUGACGACGACGACGACUUUUUGGCUCCCGUGUGCGAGAAGGGCACGGAUUGUACGGAUUGCGGGGGAGCUGAUCCGGACGCGCCGACCGUGGAGUGCACGAACACGUGCCAGUGGGCGAACGAUGACUACUGCGACGACACACGAACGUCCGGGCUGUGCGAUUUGGGCACAGAUUGUCAUGAUUGCGGCCCUGCUUCUAAGGGCAACUUCACGACGUUCGACGACGACGGCUGGUGGGACGACGAUGAGAACUACUGGGACGACGAUUAUGACUGUUUUUGCCCGUGCGGAAUCACGUUUGACGGCGCCUUCCUUCACGCCAUCGAUGCGACCCGACUCACUGGUCAAUUCCACACAGGGGAGAACUACGACUCCGCGGACGACGACGCUCCCCACGUCGCGUUCAUCAAGUCGACCCCUAACCCGAAAUCGCGAGCCAACCUCGACGACGUCAAGGGCGUCGGCGGAGUCUUCAUGAUGCUUCUGGAGGGCAUCGUCGUUGGCGUCGGCGCGCUCAUGUGCGCGAUCGGCUCGUGGUUCGCGCACAAGUUCUACAAGGGCGAGAAAUUGCCGUUCGAACUAUUAGCUCCUCCGUCCGCGGCGGAAGAGGCCGCCAUGCUGUCGGGCGGCAAGGCGAACGUGCCGAUCACGCCGGACGUCGCCUACACGGGCAAGGGCUGACGCGCUUGCCCUUCCCAUUCCCAGCGCGUGGCCCCGGCGCGCUCCCCCCCGGUGUAACGGAUUUGAUAUCGAA